CGAAGGGGUUGCUAAGUGCCAGGAGUCUGUUUCUGAAUAAAACAACGGACAGCAGAAAUAUCUUCUAACCUGGAGGUUCCCCCGGGGCCCUUGUCCAUCUUCCUCGAGUCUCCUCCGUUUUCCAAGCUUCGCCAUGGCCAAUAGCGAGGACAGUCAGGGCCUGAAAGGCGUGCUGGUCAUGUUCCAGAGCUGUCUGAACAGCAAGGAGGAAAUCCUCAUGGACCCAUAUUUAGCAGGCUGGAAAGGACUUGUCAGGUUUCUAAACACAAUGGGGCCGAUCUUCUCCUUCAUUUCCAAAGAUGCGGUGACCAAAAUCCAGAUCAUGGAGAGCUUGCGCAGCAGCGAGCAGCAGGACAACUACCUCACCCUCCAAGCCAUGGUGGACUAUGAACUGGCCAACGGGCUGGUGGACCUGAAGCUGCUUGGCCCCUACCCCUCCUCCGGCUGCCGAACUAUCCUUCGCCUCCACCGGGCCCUCCGCUGGCUGCACCUGUUUCUGGAGGGCCUGCGGACUAGCAACCCGAGCUCCAAGACGUCGGCACUGUGCACAGAUGCCUACAAUGCCUCCCUGGCCAACUACCACCCGUGGAUCGUCCGCAAGGCAGCCACCAUGGCCUUCUAUGCUUUGCCCACCCGGGAUGCCUUCCUGGAAAACAUGAAAGUGGGCACCACCGAGGCGGCGAUAGAGAUGCUCAGCGAGGCUCUGCCCAGCAUAAGCAAGGUCUACGAUAUCACGGAAGACCUCUACACUCAGCACAAGCUCCUGGACCUCCCCUAAGGGGGUAGGAUCCCGUCUGAGAGCGACAGCUACUGCACAGAUUUCUGCCACCGCAGCGGAGGCCUACUCAGAAAUAAUCUCCUGCUCGGAUCAAUCAGGCUUCCUCUUAGAAAGCUCUCAGGCCUUCAAGCCGUUCGUCUUUGGGUUUCUGGCACUGAGAUAAAAAGCCUUUAUGCUCCUUCCCCAAUCAGAAAGCGAUUGCUCUUCUGCCUUUUUUCCUCCUUCCAAAAGCUUUGAUCCAGAGAUGCACCCAGUCCCUGAUCUUUCUCUCUCUCUCUCUCUCUCUCUGCAGCCCACCAUGGUUUUUAUAGCCAGUUUCUUUCCAGGAAUGGCAAGGUUUCCCUUUCUGCUCAGUCAAUCAAUGCCAGGGAUUGCUUCAUGAAGGUGCAGCUUUCUUCCAACCCAAUUAACCUUGGAAAGGGCUUUAAUUGCUGGCGAAAAUAGGGUUGGGGGAAUUUACUCUGGUGUGCCGAAAGACAUCUGAUCAGAACCACUCUUCUUGCCUGGGUUUGGUUGAGCCAUUCCUUCUGCCCACAAGCAAGCCUAGAGCGGGGGAGUUCCCAGCCCAAGGAAUGCGGGCAGAAUUUCCCUGGUCCCUUUGAUAAGGGUUUGAAUCUAGCCAGUGGUCAGGGAGAUGGGAAAACACAGAUGCUUGUGAUCCCUUAGAGCAGGACUGGGAAAAAAAGCCCUCCCAGGAGUUCCUGAGCCAUCCCUCUUGGCACCCCCAUCUCACUGAUGGAAAGGAUGCUGGGAGUUGUAGUUCAACAUCUGGGAGCCCACUCCUGAAAGCCGUUUGAAGCUUCUCAAGCGUAGACAUGUGCUUGAGAAAGAAAUGCCCAGCAAAAUCUAACCAUUGGUCCUCUGCCAAAUGUGGAGGAGGAGGAGGAGGUGCACAAAGCCCUCACAAACAAUCUGUCUUAGAAACAAUCUCUCUUAAAGGUGGCUGCUUAGCCAGCCUCUCCCUUCAGCUUAUGACUCACUGACAGAGAGGUAGAGCUGGAGGUUUUGAAAACGACCCUGGUUAUUAUCCAUGUGCUGAUCGCUUGACAGCUGCAUCAUCACCCAGCAACUGGAAAGCAUGCAAUCUCUGUCACCGGAAGAAAAAAUUAGCAGCUAAGACAAUCCAUUGAUUACCACUGCCUAAAUAAAUCAGGUAUUCCAGCUCUCCUUUUCAAAAUGCCCUUUCUGCUUUCUUUAUAUAAUCUUCCUUUUCCUGCUUCUUUGGGCACCUGUGUCCCCUAACCUUUCCUCCAGACUCAGUCCACCUUGGCAGUGCAGUUAAGCCUUUAAGUGGUCUCGGGCUGUACCUUCCCAGCCUCCUACACAAGGGCAUUGGCCUGGCUCUGAAAGAGGCUUAAGCCAGACAAGAGAAUCAGCUCCUUCGCAGCUUCACCUCCACCCUUGACAAUCAAAUUAUUGAGCAAGUUCUGUCCAGCAGACUCGUGCCCCAGAGACUAAAAAACACACUUUCUGCGCUACAGGCCAAAAAGAAAACAAACCAAGGGGCCACCAGUGACAUGAAGAUCUGAUUUCCUUAUAGAGCUGGUAACCAAUCUCCACGCUUACUGAUAACACUUGCAACUUUAGACAGCUAGCGUAUCAAGGAGGCGGCUGGGGCAUAAACGGAUAAGCUACAUUUCUGCUUUUAAGGAGUCCGCACACAUACCCCUUUUAAAGCAAGGGCAGUAUUUAAAACCAGUAUUUGUGUGCAGUGAGAAGCAGCUGUGCCACUUUAAUUCUCAAGGCUCUGCCUCUUGGUUCCGUUGCGUGCCUGGCUGUGCUGGAGCUGUGAUGCCUGCACCUCCACUGGGUGUUUCAUCCCUGAAGCUUUUUAGCCCAGUCCUGAAAUAGGCAUCGCUUGUGCUUAAGCCCCACUGAAAUGAAUGGGUCUGAGCUCAGACUCACGCCGGGCAAACGAUGCUUCUUGGUUUCAGUGGACUCUGAGCAGCCCUGGAUUAUCUCUGCCUGCAAUUUAAAAAAAAAAAAAGGGGGGGACGACAGUGGGAGCCCUGCCUCUUUCAUGCCAAGACUUAACAUUAAAAAGCACUAAAGCCUGGCACAGAUUAAGGCUGUUGCUGUACCUCUAAAAUUAAGACAAUCCAGGAAUGUUUAUGUCUGUGUGUUCAAAGUGGGACCUGUGUGUAUAUAUAUUUUGGUCACCGUGAUUUGGGAGGAUUCCACGUUGUAUUUCUUUCCGGGUGCCAGUGCAUUUAUGGUAUAUUUUUGUACUUCCUACCUCUUGUCUGUUUAAAUUACAAGUGCUUUGUUUUGGGGUGCCCCAAGGAACCUGCACCCAGAGCCUGGAUGUACUCUGCAAUGCCUCUCGUCCUUGCCUCCUGCAUUGCUCAGCCUGAAAUAAACGUCUGUACUGCAGCUUG